ACCCAAUGGCUCUACCUCGCUCUUUUUUUAACCAAUCAAGGGUGGUUGCUAAUGGGAAGUUGAGUAGGAUCGGUUUGAUUGUUAUGGAGGUCUUUAUGCCGGUCUGAGGUACCGUUAGCAAUGUGCGCUGCUCAUGAAGAGGUAGAGAGUGGAGGUUUUGAUGAGUAUCGCAGGAAGCGAUGGGUUAAGGCAUUUGAGGCAUGUGAUGAAGGCAACAAAGGAUAUUUAAACAGAGAGGACUACAAGAUUGCAGUAGUGAUGUUGUUUGGCUAUAAGCCCUCAAAGGUGGAGGUGGAUUCAGUCAUGGCGUCUGUGAAGCAAAAUCAAUCUGGUGUAUCACGUGAACAAUUUAUAAAUCUUAUGAGUACAAAGAAGGCUGCACAUUUUUGCCACAGUGAAGUAAGGCAGCUCUUCACUGCUUUUGACAGACAAUGUAAAGGAUUUUUGUCUUUAGAAGAUUUCAAAAAAGCCUUCCAUGUUGUUGCACCCAAGUUGCCAGAAAGGAUUGUAGUUGAAGCAUUCAGACAGUUCAAGCAAAACUUCUGUAGUCGUAAAUGGGAUGUGAAGUUUGACACCGAAUGAAGAUAUCCAGUGAAGAAGGAGGACAUUAAAGAUUCAGAACUUGUCAGAAAGCCUCCAUAGUUAAACAGGAAUUGCUAUGGCAUUUCACUGCUGUACUUCAGAGCAGCUCAGAUUCCUGAAGAUUAUUGUUACCUCCAGAUUUGAAUGAUAUCAUUUCUCAUUGAAACGGCAAUCUGCCAUCUCUCACUUGAGUGACUUGUUCAUACUGUUUCUUUUGGCUUCAGAUGGGGGCCUUCAAACUGUAGUUAUAUGCUACCACUGCUAAAUAUUUUCAAUUUUCAGCACAUGUAAAAGCUCUGUUUUCAAUACCAAUAACAGGAAAUCCCGGGGGGAGGGGGAACCUGUGAAAGAGUGGUUUUGCUUCCUGUUGAAGCCCCACAAGAAGCAUAGCAGAUCCAUCAGAACAGUAAACACUACAUCCUGACACUUGAAAGCCAGAACUUGGGGAAUGUCUCCUUUUCAACUGACUUUUGAGGUAAGGCUGGCUCUUAAGUGUAAGAACUAAUGCAACCUGACUAGGAACUAUCUUUUUGGAAGAUCUGAACAGGGGUUGAAAAGAGACAAUGAAAGAUGUAAGACCACAUCUGAUACUCGGCUGUGGGGAUCUCUUCUCUCCUUCAGUUUUCCUUUCCUUAAGCAAAUAUUUUCAUGUUAGAAGUUUCAAGACUCAUGUUGUCCUGUCAGGAAGUUUAUUUUAGAAGUCUGCUUAUACAGUAUAUAAAAAUCUUGAUUAAAAAUUCUCAUACAUACACAUUGCUGAAUGUGAUGGUGGUGAUUAUACCAUCUCUCAUUAAGAUAAUAAUACCAAAGCAGCAUACAAUUAAACAUUCAAUAUAAUACAACAAUUAAAUAACAAAUAUGUUGAGAUGUUUUAUUUGUUAUACAUAUAGCCUACUCCAGGGGUUGCCAAAGUUUUGGGCCCCAGGAGCACAUUUGCAAACUAGAGAAACUCAUGACCGCUACUCGCCGAGAAGUGACUAUUGUGAAGGCAACUGCUGGGUGUAAAGUGGUCGUGUGUGUGUGUCCUGGUUAUAGUGCUUCUGAUGGAAUCUUCCAUGCAGUUCUCAACUCUCAAAAGAUCUACAUGAAUCUCUUGUUUACAGGCUAAUCAUUCUGCUGCUCCAUCACUCCAGUGCAGAAACAGUCAAUGAAACCUUUUUUUAAAAAAGCAGAAAACCAGAAGUGCUACACAGCAUAUGUACAACUCUCCCUCUCCUUUCCUAGUUUUCUCAUCCUUAAAAGGGAGGAGGGAGGAAGCCCACGUGGUCCAAUAAAUAGAUAGCAGGACUUGGAUUUGGGUGGCCCAGAUUCAAGUCAUGCCUAUGAUAGAUUCAUUAUAUAGGCUUGGCUAAGGGUGCGAUCCAACUUGCAUUUACACCAGGCUGAAGGGAGUUGGAUGCAGUGGAUCUCCAGCUGAGCCGGCUGGGUCCCGGCUCAGCCAGGCUAUGCUGGCAUAAGUCCGUCAGCCUGGCUGAGCCAGGGCUCAGCUGGGCUAGCCUGGCUCAGCCAGAACCCAGCCAACUUAGCUAAGACUGGUGCAAGUGGAGCCGGCGUAAGCCAUGUAAGGCCCCCAAAAGAGCGUGUUGGGGAAGGGCCCGAGCGGGAGAGGCUGAGAGAACUUAGGCCACAUCCAACUCAUGUUCAGAGUGCUCCUGCAGGGCCCAAUCCAGGCAAAAGUUACACUGGGAAAAGGUCAGUCUAAGAAAAUAAUUGCAAUAGAAGUCAAUGGAGAGGGCUUACUCCCCAGUAGAGGUCAUUGAGAGAACAGGCUUUUACUUUCUAGUCCCAGUGUGCAGCUCCCGGCUAAGCCGGCAUUCAGCCAACCCAGCAGCUUCUGAAUAGCAACUGGAUGCAGCCGAAUGUUAUGCUGGCUUCUCUUUCACCAGCACAACUUACACCAGCGUCCCCUGAGUUGAAGUGCUCUGUUGAGCCUCAGUGGCCUGUUUAUACAAUAGUAUUAAUAAUGACCUCACAGGUUGACUCUAUGAAUAAGCUGAAUAAAGGCCCUUAACGUUAUUGUGUUCAAUAGUAGAACACAUACUUUUGCAUACAGAAGGUCCUAGGUUCAAUCCCCGGCAUAUCCAGGCAAGGCUGGGAGAGAGCCCUAUCUGAAACCCAGGGGCUGCUGCCACUCAGUGUAGACCCAGGCAUUUGACAGCUCAGGGAGACUGUUCUUGGCAACCUGAAGAUCACUGGAUGAAAUAAUGUUUUUAAAUGUAAUUAUUUUUAGAAUGUUUUACAACUGUUUUUCUACUGCUUUUUAAUUGUUUUGUUGAUGUGUUUGCUGCCCUGAGCACCUUCAGGAGGAAGGGCGGGAUAUAAAUUCAGUAAAUAAAUAAUAUUAAUAAAUAGACAAUACUAAGCUAAACCUACCAAUGAUCCGAUGUUCCUAAGUGUGUGCCUGAAAAAUACAGCAGCGACUAGAAACGCAUGACUUAUUUGCAGAGUUUUAUUUUAGGCAAAUUAACUUGCUAGCACAAAUGUAAUUGGGCUUAUUUUUAAAAUCCUCUUGAUGAUGCUUUGGUUUUCCUUGUGGGAUUGCAGAUAGAAAACUAGCAUCUGGUGUUUGAGGCUGCUGGGGAUUUGCACCAUAUUAUGUGUAAUAGCGCCACUGUAAAUAAACAAAAUGAAUAAUUAAAUGACUAUUAAGGUGGCCUGAGUGAUAAUAUUUUUAAAACAUUCUCUACAGUGGAACUGAUACUGCGUUUUGUACUAUGGGGAUGCAUGCUGGGUUGGAUUUGCAAAGGGGUCAUCCUUUAUGGACAUGAGGCAAGAUGAAUGCUCAUGCAGAAAAUCUAAAAUGUAAAUUAAUCAGUGUAUUCAGGCUUCUGUCUAAGUGACUACCAUUUUUAUCUUAAAAAAAUAAA